CCACCUGCUCGCUGGGCUCCAGAAAUGGGCUGGUUCCAUAUCGGCCAGUGGGGUCUGCCGAGGCUUUGGAAGGGGAAGUGCCCGUUGCUCAAAGGAACCCUUCAGAUGUGGGACGCAACCCCACAAGGGAGCUGAGCUGCCCCGGGCCCUCAACUGCUCCGGCGGUGGUAGGGGAAGAGGUCGUGCCUUUCCCCUGCCGCCCACCCAAUACAUUACAAGCAGCCUCCCUCGCCUCCUAGCCAUGAACGGCUCCCGUGCCCCCCACAACGCCACAGGAGCUGUGGAGGAUGCCAUGCGGCUCAUAGCCAUCAGCACCAACGCCUUGGUUUUGGGCCUGGGCCUGGCUGGCAAUGGACUGGUGAUCUGGAUCACCACGGCUGGCCGGCCCGGGCCACCCACCUUCCCCUCAGCCUGCUACCUCCACCUGGCUGUGGCCGACCUGCUCUUCUCCGCUGGGCGCAUCCCCGCCAUCGUCCAGGAGGUCUUCAGGUCCCGCUGGCCCUUCGGCCAAGCCCUCUGCAAGCUUCACUCCUUCGCUCGCUACUUGGUCGUCUUCGCCGGCGUCUUCGUGCUCACCCUCAUCAGCCUCCACCGUUGCCUGCUGGUGGCUCAGCCCAUCUGGGUCCGGAACCACCACAGGCCCAGGCUUGGGUCUUGGCUGAUCGCUGGGGCCUGGAUCCUGGCCAUCUGCUUCAGCAUCCCCUACCUGGUGGUCAGGGACGUGGAGAUCAAACGGGGGGAGUCCUUCUGCGUCUACCGGACAGACCUGCGGCAUUUCGUCGAGAUGCCCCUGAGGUUGAGCCGGUUCCUGGGCGGGUUUCUGAUCCCUUUUGCCAUCAUUGCCACGUCCUAUGUGGUCUUGAUCUGGAAGCUGAGGAGAAGAAGCUGGGAGGGUUCCCAGCGGACCUUUGCCUUGGUGCUGGCCGUGGUGGCUCUCUUCUUUGUUUGCUGGUUGCCCCAUCAUGUCGUGGUACUGCUCAGUAUAUACCAGAAAAACAAAGAGAUCUGGGGCGUGGCGCUCAAGCUGGCCAACGCCUUGGCCUACCUCCAUAGCUGUCUCAACCCUGUGCUGUAUGGGCUGGUGGGGUUCUCCCGGAGCAAGGGGCGCCGGAGGGGCUCCUUCCUGGGCAUCUUUCGCAGGGCCCUGGCUGAGGAAGGGGAGGGAUCGAGUGAGAUGGAGGCAUCGCAGAGCAAUAGCCGGACUAGAUGAGAGUGGAGGACUUGGGACUCCUGGGUUCUAUCCUCAGCUCUGGGAAGGGAACAGAGUCUAGUGGAUUAGGGCAGGGUGAUGGAGGAAUUAGAACUCCUGGAUUCUAUUUUUCAGGUCUCUUGUUAUUUCAUUAUGUGUGUGAGCUAAGACCAAUCUCUGAAUCAGUCUCUCGCCUUCUGCUUCAAUUUCUUCAUCUAUAAAAUAGGGGUAGUAAUCCUUCUGUUGUCUAUUUAGACUGUAAACACAGUGGGGCAUGGACAGUCACUCACUGUGUGUCUGUGCAGUGCCCAGCACAACGAGGGCUUUGAUCUCAUUCGGGGUCUAUCUGUGUUAGAUAUUAUGAGACAGCUUCAUCAAAACUGUCGGUCUUUGUGUGAAUGGCUCAGUUUUGUGGCGUUUCUUGACUCAAAAAAGUUUUGGAAGAAAACUUUCAAAGUUGUCGCCAGCUCACGUUUUGAAAUGUCCAAAAUGAAAAUUCCACAUUUCCGGCCCCAAAUGCUUUUUUUUUUCUUUUUUAAAUUUAGGCUCACUUGUGUUUUUAAAAA